AGUAUUUUACCGCUAGCCGCAUGUACAUUUUUAUGUCAUCAGGCGGUCCAAAUCCAAUUGGAUUUUCCGAAACGAAACAAAACAGGGUCAACAAAACGCCGGCGCUUUAACGUUCAUCAAUUAAAGGGCGUUUCAAAACUCCAGCCAACCCGCCUGCUCAGUUCCGUUUGCCCAGGAAAGAACAGGAUCAGGAUGUCGACGCGUCGCCAGGCAAUCACAUUAUACAGAAAUCUCCUGCGCGAAUCAGAGAAGCUGCCCUCCUAUAACUUCAGGAUGUAUGCUGCCCGCAAGAUAAGGGAUACAUUCCGCGCCAACAGGGGCAUCCGGGAUUUCGGGGAGAUCGACCGGCAGAUGGUCGCCGGCCAGCAGAAUCUGGAGUUGAUACGUCGCCAGGUGAUUGUCGGACACCUGUACAGCGCCGACAAGCUGGUCAUAGAGAACAAGAAGACCCUGAAGCCUUCGGAUGACUGAGGAUAACACGAGUGGCAGCUGAAACGAGUAUAAUAGCAGGGAAGGAGCAGGAGGAGCUGAAUGAGCAGGAGCAGAAGGCGUCUCUACAUAAAGGCACUACUCGAAAGGCUCGACCCACACACAACACCACAACACACAAUUGAACUUUGCAUCCAUCAAACCAGGGAACCGAAAUCAUUUGCUAGCAAAAAAACACCAAUUUAAUGUUAUGUUUAAACAACAAAUAUGAAAUUAUAUAUACAUACACAUAUA